UAGGGGGAACCGCUUCUACGCGGGAUAGUGCCUCCUAUAGUCCUAUACAGGAUGCAAGCCAACGCGGAACUCGGGGAUAGGAAAUGAUCAUAAAUUCGCGGCUGACCUAAAAUGUACCGCCAUCACAUCAUCGCUGAACGUGGAUGUGAUUUAUAAAGUACCCAAUUUCUUCUCCUUAGUCUCUCGUGCAAGCUGUAGUGUUCUUCAAGCUAGAAGCACGCAUCUCAGCUCCUUUCUCUGCAUCUCGAUAAAGGUUAUAUCCACUAUUGUCACAUUUAUCAGAUGCGUUAGUUCUAGAAAUAUUGAUUUUAAUACUUGGUCACUUCAACAGUUCAACUUUUAAUCAGAAGUUCAGAAUGGGUAAGGAGAAGGUUCAUAUCAGCUUGGUGGUCAUUGGACAUGUUGACUCCGGCAAGUCGACCACAACUGGUCACUUAAUUUACAAGCUUGGAGGGAUUGACAAGCGUGUGAUUGAGAGGUUUGAGAAGGAAGCUGCAGAAAUGAACAAGAGGUCAUUCAAGUACGCAUGGGUUCUUGACAAGCUCAAAGCUGAGCGUGAACGUGGUAUUACCAUUGAUAUCGCCCUGUGGAAAUUUGAGACCACUAAAUACUACUGCACGGUCAUUGAUGCCCCUGGACAUCGUGAUUUCAUCAAAAACAUGAUCACAGGCACCUCACAGGCUGACUGUGCUGUUCUGAUCAUCGACUCCACAACUGGUGGGUUUGAAGCUGGUAUUUCAAAGGAUGGUCAGACUCGUGAACACGCUUUGCUUGCUUUCACCUUGGGUGUCAAGCAAAUGAUAUGCUGCUGUAACAAGAUGGACGCCACCACCCCAAAGUAUUCUAAGGCUAGGUAUGAAGAAAUUGUGAAGGAAGUAUCAUCAUACCUGAAGAAGGUUGGAUACAACCCUGAAAAAAUCCCAUUCGUGCCCAUCUCUGGUUUUGAGGGUGACAACAUGAUUGAGAGAUCAACCAACCUUGAAUGGUACAAGGGGCCCACCCUUCUGGAUGCUCUAGAUCAAAUCACUGAGCCAAAGAGGCCAUCAGACAAGCCACUCCGGCUCCCACUUCAGGAUGUCUACAAGAUUGGUGGAAUUGGAACUGUUCCCGUUGGACGUGUAGAGACUGGUGUUAUUAAGCCAGGUAUGCUGGUUACGUUUGCGCCCUCCGGUUUGACCACGGAAGUCAAGUCUGUUGAGAUGCACCAUGAAUCCCUUCUGGAGGCACACCCAGGUGACAACGUCGGAUUCAAUGUGAAGAAUGUUGCAGUCAAGGAUCUGAAACGUGGGUACGUUGCAUCUGACUCGAAGAAUGACCCUGCCCGGGAAGCUGCUAGCUUCAUAUCUCAGGUCAUCAUCAUGAAUCACCCUGGUCAGAUCGGCAAUGGGUAUGCCCCGGUUCUGGACUGCCACACCUCCCACAUUGCUGUGAAGUUUGCUGAGAUAGUGACUAAGAUUGACAGGCGGUCUGGUAAGGAGCUUGAGAAGGAACCCAAGUUCUUGAAGAAUGGUGAUGCUGGUUUUGUGAAGAUGGUUCCGUCUAAACCAAUGGUUGUUGAGACUUUCUCCGAGUACCCACCACUUGGCCGUUUUGCUGUAAGGGAUAUGAGGCAAACGGUUGCUGUCGGUGUCAUUAAGAGUGUUGAGAAGAAGGAUCCUACUGGUGCUAAGGUCACUAAGUCUGCCCUGAAGAAGAAGUGAUAAACAACUGCUGCUUCUGCCAAUCAGCCAAUGAGAUUUCAAUUACUUGAUCCUUUUUGUGUCAUUUAAAUUUUGUCAUACUAGUUUGUAUUUUGGGCUCCUUCCAGUGGCUCCCCCCAUUGUGGGAGAAUCUAAACAGUCACUACUCACUACUCCCCAAUACGUUGUACCCUUAAAAGUUUUGAAUUGAGAUGGUGUCAAUGUGAAAGUUUCAGUCUUGCUUUUACUCCUAUUCAUUUUGCAAUGUAUUGUCUUGUCUUAUCCAUAGAUGCCAAUACAACUCUGUAAGACUAACUAAUUGCGGUUUCUGAAAAGAGUUUAC